AUACUAUUACCUCAUUUUGGCAGUAUCUUCCUAUUUUUUCUCUUAUACUUAUCUAAUCAAUUCAACUCAUAUCCCCAUUCCAUCCUCUCUCAAGGAUCGUUUAAUUUUUUUGCUCUUCAGUUUCUUUAGACAUUAAUCAUGUCUUUCAAAUUCAGAGGGCCUAAUGCUUCUUCUGGAAUGGGUGUGGCUGAUCACGGUAAAAAUGCAUUCUUGGAGUUGAAGAGGAAGAAGGUUCAUAGAUACGUGAUUUUCAAAAUCGAUGAAAAGAAAAAGGAGGUUGUUGUUGAGAAAACUGGCACCCCUGCUGAAAGCUUUGAUGAUUUUACUGCUUCUUUGCCUGAAAAUGAUUGCCGAUAUGCCGUGUAUGACUUUGACUUUGUUACUUCCGAGAAUUGCCAAAAGAGCAAGAUAUUCUUUGUUCAUUGGUCUCCUGCAACAUCUCGUAUACGUGCGAAGAUGCUUUACGCCACCUCUAAAGACGCAUUUAGAAGGGAGCUGGAUGGUUUACAUUAUGAGAUUCAGGCUACUGAUCCCACAGAAGUUGAUCUUGAAGUGCUGAAAGACCGUGCUCACUGAGCCAUCUUGCAAUCAACACUAUCUUUCCUCUAAUAAGGAAAGAGAACUAGCAGGGCCUUACUAUCAUCAUAGUGAUUAGUGCCAAUAGCUUAAAUAUCGCCACAGAAGAAAACUCUUCUUAAAUAAUUGGACAUCUGGAAAGGCUGAUUUCCAGUUGAGCAUUUAGCUUGUUAAUGUAUAUGUUGUUGCCUUUUUCUCAGAUGUUUGAACACUUGGGAACUGCAUAAUAUAUCAGUGGUUGCCAAUUUUCCAAUUGGGAAUUAUGACUAUAAAUAUAUCUUUCAUUUGAAUCAA